AUGCGCCUCUUAGAGCGCAAACCCAACGGCGAUCUCGCCUUCCAGGAAUUCACAAGAGAGGAUGUCCCAGCUUACGCCAUCCUCUCCCAUACCUGGUUGACAGACAAUAACGAAGAGAUUAGCUUUCACGACGUGGAGGCGGGCACCGGGAAGGGGAAAGCGGGGUGGAAGAAGAUCGAGUUUUGCGCGGACAAGGCUUCGGCCGAUGGCCUUCGAUACUUCUGGAUCGACACCUGCUGCAUUGAUAAGAGGAAUAACACCGAGCUCUCCAAAGCUAUCAACUCCAUGUUUCGCUGGUAUCAGAAGGCCACUCGCUGUUAUGCCUAUCUGACAGAUGUAUCGCUACAUGAUGGCAAAGAGACCCCGCAGCUGGGCACCUUUCCUUGGGAGGCGGCCUUCAAAAAAAGUCGAUGGUUCACGCGAGGUUGGACACUUCAGGAGCUCCUCGCGCCGCCGCGAGUGGACUUCUUCAGUUUGGAAGGUGAACAAUUGGGGAGUAAGCUGACACUACAAGACCUCAUCCACGACAUUACCGGCAUCCCCAGUGCCGCUCUGAAAGGAGCGCCUUUGGAGACCUUCAGCCGUGGCGAGCGGAUGUCUUGGGCAUCGGGUCGACGCACCAAGGAGGAAGAAGAUCAGGCCUAUUGCUUGCUGGGUAUUUUCGACGUUUCUAUGCCGCUGGUGUAUGGAGAAGGUAAGGAGAGGGCCUACAAGCGACUCCAGGACGAGAUUGACAAAACCUACCGGGGGCAUGAUUCUGAUCAGUUCGUCGUCGGGCUCGACCACUUGGCCAUUCCCGAAGCUGCACAAUUCGUUGCUAGAGAGAACGAGCUUGCCGAGAUGCGCCGUUUGUUACGCGGCCACAAUCCUCGCUCGGCUGUCGUUCUUCACGGCCUCGGAGGGAUCGGAAAAACUCAGCUGGCCAUCAAAUAUAUCACACAGCAUAGGGAGAGAUACACAGCAAUCUUCUGGUUAAAUGCUAACGACGAGGGUUCUCUCAAGUCGAGUUUUCGAAACGUCGCCCAACGUGUACUCGAAGACCAGGGAGCCAGUGUUUCCAUUGGUGCGCUCGCCAGCGUGGAUUUGGACGGAAACCUCGAUCAAGUGGUCACGGCGGUCAACACUUGGCUCAACCUCAAGACAAAUACGCGCUGGCUGAUGAUCUAUGAUAAUUAUGACAAUCCUCGGACAGCCGGUAAUCUCGACCCCUCUGCAGUUGAUAUACGCCAAUUCCUCCCCCGAGCAGAUCACGGUUCCAUCAUCAUCACCACCCGAUCGGCGCAAGUUAGCCAGGGUUAUCCCCUCCAUAUUCGAAAGUUGCAGAAUAUUCAGGAAAGCCUGGAGAUCCUAUCCAAUACCUCCAAACGUGGAAACAUCCAAAACGACCGUGGCGCCAUAGCGCUAGUUAGAGAACUAGACGGGCUCCCCCUUGCUCUUUCUGCCGCAGGGGCAUAUCUUCAGCACGUGACCACGGGUUUCUCGGAUUAUCUUCGGCUUUAUCGAAGGUCGUGGUUAAGGCUGCAGAUGAAGAGCCCACAACUCAGUUCUUAUGAGGAUCGAUCACUGUACACGACAUGGCAGAUCACAUUCGAUCGGAUCGAACGCCAGAAUGCUGCUGCAGCUAAACUGCUUCAGUGGUGGGCAUAUUUUGACAGACAAGAUGUGUGGUUCGAACUUCUUCGACAUGCCAGUUCCGCAGACGACGAAUGGGUGCAGAAGCUAGCCGAGGACGAACUGAACUUCAAUGAGGCGGUUACGCUUCUGUGCAGCUUCGGACUGGUCGAUAUAGACCGAUCUCUUUCACUUCCGCUUGGGUCUGGAAAGUAUAGUGUGCAUAGCUGUGUACACUCCUGGACAGUCUCUGUACUUAAUCAGAAGUGGGACGAGGGCUUGGCCAGGCUGGCUUUAACUUGUGUGGCUUCAGAAGUUCCCAGGCCCAUGGAGAGGGAUUGCUGGCUUUUGCAACGGCGACUCCUACAGCAUGCGACACGGCAGGACCUCUUCCUCGUGGAUGACAAGGUCAAUACAGACGGACUUGAAUGGGCUUUUCUCUCUUUGGGCCAUCUCUACGUCGACCAAGGCAAGCUGGCUGAGGCGGAGAAGAUGUAUCUACGGGCGCUACAAGGCUACGAGGGGGCACUCGGGCCGGACCACACAUCGACACUCUUAACGGUCAACAAUUUCGGCAACCUCUAUAUGGACCAAGGUAAGCUGGCCGAGGCGGAGAAGAUGUAUCUACGGGCGCUACAAGGCUGCGAGGAGGCACUCGGGCCGGACCACACGUCGACACUCUUAACGGUCCACAAUCUCGGCAACCUCUAUAUGGACCAAGGCAAGCUGGCCGAGGCGGAGAAGAUGUAUCUACGAGCGCUACAAGGCUGCGAGGAGGCACUCGGGCCGGACCACACGUCGACACUCUUAACGGUCAACAAUCUCGGCAACCUCUAUAUGGACCAAGGUAAGCUGGCCGAGGCGGAGAAGAUGUGUCUACGGGCGCUACAAGGCAAGGAGGAGGCACUCGGGCCUGACCACACGUCGACACUCGACACGGUCCAUAAUCUCGGCAACCUCUAUAUGGACCAAGGCAAGCUGGCCGAGGCGGAGAAGAUGUAUCUACGGGCGCUACAAGGUAAGGAGGAGGCACUCGGGCCUGACCACACGUCGACACUCAACACGGCCAACAAUCUCGGCAACCUCUAUAGGGACCAAGGCAAGCUGGCCGAGGCGGAGAAGAUAUAUCUACGGGCGCUACAAGGCUACGAGGAGGCACUCGGGCCGGACCACACGUCGACACUCAACACGGUCCAUAAUCUCGGCAAUAUCUAUAUGGACCAAGGCAAGCUGGCCGAGGCGGAGAAGAUGUAUCUACGGGCGCUACAAGGCUGCGAGGAGGCACUCGGGCCGGACCACACGUCGACACUCGACACGGUCCACAAUCUCGGCAACCUCUAUAUGAACCAAGGCAAGCUGGCCGAGGCGGAGAAGAUGUAUCUACGGGCGCUGCAAGGCUACCAGGGGGCUCUUGGCGUAGAGCUUAUAUCGUCGUAUCUACCAGCGAUAAACACCAUGUUUGCCUUUGGUGAGCUCUAUUCGCGGACGGAUCGCAAAGAUAUGGCCAAAAAAAUGUAUUCUCGAGCAUUAUCUGGAUAUGCAGCCGUUCAAGGACCUUCGUCGAAAUGGUGUCGCGUAAUUGAAGGUCGACUUCACGCGUUGCAAUCUACGUCAGCUGAGCGCGCUGAGACUCAUGUGCGAUCGAGAUCAGAGCAACGGGGCCAAAAUCUCGUUUACGAAGAGUCUUCCGCAGACUAA